AUGGCGCUCUGCCCAGUCGACGACUUCAUGCGAGAAAUGGACAUUUUCGUCAAGGGAUAUCCUGCCAUCCUUGGCCACGACAUCGCCGACACCGUGGAGGCUUUUGGUUCUGAGACUGCGGCAGUGUUCAAGCGCGGCAUGCGGGUGUUGGCGUUUGCCCCAGCCUCCUACCACAGCGGGGAGCCGCGAUACGGCGGAUCUCAGAGGUUCCGACUUCUUGAACCCAGCUGUCUCCAGGCACGGGACGAGACUCCUCCCAAUAGCCUGCAGAAUGCAACUCCGAGCCUUCAGGAUACAACCAUUGAUGCACGGAGUCCUCUUCCGAACACGAACGCUCUCUUGAAAUUCGCAGGAAAUCUCAUUCUCAAAUGGUGCAAAGCCACUGGCAACAAUGUCCGUCGGGCUGAAUCGACUCCUGGAGAAGCGGCGAAAACCACCACGUUCGGAAUUGAAAAGGCUGCCACGACAUUUCGAGAACCGAGCAACAGUUUCCCGGCUCACACUCCUGAUCUCCUAAGUCUCCAGCGUUGGGCUGUGCUCAAUCGACUCAACAGCAUGGAGCGUACAGAGAUGGACAAAAUAUGCCUCUAUAAGCACUGUUCGAGACGCUCUUGA